AUGAGUAAACAUAUUCAACGAAUAACAAAAAGUGAAAUUCACACCACCUAUCUCGGAAAAACUAUUCAAAAUGAAAUUGUUGAAUUGCUUGCUAAUAAAAUCAAAAAUGACAUCUUAGCAAAACUAGAGCGAGCAAAGUACUACUCACUUAUUUUAGACUGUACCCCCGAUAUAAGCCACAUGGAGCAGAUGACAGUUGUUUUUAGGUUUGUCAGUGCAACUGAAUCAUCUUCGGAAAAACCAGCUGAAGUCGUAGUUUCUGAACACUUCGUAACUUUUCUUGAAUUACAAGACACAACGGGAGCAAAUAUGACAAAAGUUGUUAUCGAUAAGUUGCAGGAAUUAGGCGUAAAUCUUGAUGACAUGAGGGGACAAGGGUACGAUAAUGGAGCCAACAUGCGCGGAAAAUAUAAUGGUGUGCAAGCCAGAAUUCGUCAACUAAAUCCUCGAGCUUUUUUCGUUCCUUGUAGUGCCCACUCGCUCAACUUGGUAUUGAACGAUGCAGCUAAUUGUUCAUCAACUCACCGUUGGAGUAUAUUAUUAAACCACCUAAGCGAUCUGACUAUAAAACCGUUAAGUGCCACUCGUUGGGAAAGCAGGGUCGGUGCCGUACGGGCACUUCGAUUUCAGAUUAGUGGAGUUUACGAUGCACUAAUUGAAAUCGCAGAAGACAAUACAUUAACUACUGCACCACAAGUCAAGAGUCGCGCAGAGGCUAAGGGAAUAGCCAGAAAUAUUUCAAAUUUCAAAUUUGUUUGCUCCUUGGUAUUAUGGUAUGACAUUUUAUUCCAAAUUAAUAUUGUCAGCAAAAUGCUCCAAUCACAGGCUUUAGACUUGUCGCUUGCUCUAGAGCAUUUAAACGCUACCAAAUCUUUCCUAUGCGAUUAUCGCUGUGAUGAAGAAUUUGCCGCAAUGGUUGAAAAUGCAAAAAAAUUGGCAGUUGAACUAGAAAUUUUUGAAGGAUUUGAUGUGGAUGAUCCCGUACGUGUACGCAGAAAGAGUAGACAAUUCCUAUACGAAGGUCGUGAUGAACCGAUAGUAUCACCAGAACAAAACUUCAGAGUAUCUUUUUUCAAUCGAAUAUUGGACAUCGCAAUUCAAGCAAUAAAUGAAAGAUUUACGCAAUUAUCGGAAUAUAACGAGUUAUUUGGGUUUCUUUACAAUAUCGGCAGCAAACCCUUAACGGAUGAUGAGUUAUUGAAACACUGUAAGGACUUGCAUUUAGCGCUUAUGUCUGAUGACCAAUCUGAUAUCAACGGGGUCGAACUUUGGUAUGAAAUUAAAGCUAUUGGGAGACGACUUGAUACUUCGAAUAGCGAUCCAAAAAGUGUAUUAACAUGUAUUUACACAUCUAAUGUUGUCGAAGUAUUCCCAAACCUUUCGAUAGCUCUUCGCAUACUACUAACGUUACCAGUCACAGUUGCUAGUGUUGAAAGAAGCUUUUCAAAGCUGAAAAUAAUAAAAUCCUAUUUGAGAUCACAAAUGUGUCAAGAUCGUUUAGUUGGUCUAGCUACGAUUUCCAUCGAAAAAGAAAUUGCUGAUCAUUUGGACAUUAAAAGAUUUGAUUAA